AUGGCCCUGGCCAGCCUGUAUGGAGCUCUGGUGCUGCUGGCGCAGGGCCACAAUGUUUGGUACUGCCUGGUCACCACCACCAGCCUGGGCGCAGGGCUGGGGCUGGGCAUGGCCUUCUCUGUCAAGGUGCGGGUCACUGUGCUGCUAUCGCUGCCCCACAUCUUCACCAGGGAGGGGAAGAUGCUGAUGCUGCUGCUGGCACUGGGCAUGGCCAUGCAGGGCCCCUGCACCAACAUCCUGCACAACUUCUCCCGGGCCGCCGAGUCGCUGUCGUGUGGGGCUGAGCUCGCCCUCAACCAGACAGCCGAGCGGCUGCAACGCGCCCAGGAGCCGCUGCUGAAUGUGUUGUCCAAAAUCAAGGACAUUGCCCAGAAAGCCAAGGUGGUGGGCGACCAUGUCCGCAAGUUCUUCCGCUCCAUCAUGGACUCUGUCAGCCAUGUCGCCCGAGCCCUGCACAAUGUCUGGCUGUGGCUGGCGAACAUGGGCAGAGUGUGCAACCACGAGUUGGGCACGCCGUACCGCCGCUGCUUGCGCCUCUUCGACGAGGCCAAGGACAGGUGCGAGCGCGCCAUCCCCUUCCUCUUCUUCCUCUGCUACAUCAUCAUCAUUUUCAGGCCCCUCUGUGGUCUGGCCAAUGUUGCCCUCCUCUUCUGCAUCAUCCCGCAGUACAUCCAGUCCUUCCUCAAGAGGAAAAUCGGAGACCCCCUCAGGGACGCUCUGGACCGCGUCCACCGGGAGUUCGAGUUCAACAUCUCGGCUGUGCACCGCUUUGACAUCAGCCUCAACGCCAGCAAGAGCCUGGGGGAGGUGGCCCUGGACAUCAUGGAGGGCGUGCGCCUGCGCCUGGAGCCCAUCCGCCAGGUCCUGGGGCUCUUCAUGCACGUCUCCUUCUGCGCCAUUCUCUACAUGUACCUCCAGGCGCUGCGGUACCGUCACCGAUACCUGCGGGAUGACACGUUUGACAACGUUUACAUCACACGGCGCUUCGUGGAGCUGGAUCUGUGGCGGGCAGAGCAGGGCAAACCCACCGUGCUGCCCCUGACUGCCUGGGAGAGCGGCCGCUACAUUGCCCCAGCCGGGCUGUGGCUGUCACGGCAGGAACGGCGACAAUACGGGCUGCAGCUGGUGGGGGUCCUGCGCCACGUGCUGCUGGGGCUCAGCAUCGUCCUGGCCGACUACAGCCUCUUCUGGCUGCUUGACCUGGUCCAGCACCAGCUGCGGGGGGAGAUCGUUGCCAGGGCGCCGGCGGUGCUGGGUGUCAGUGUCAACGGGACGGGCUACACCAGUGACAUCUUCCGGGACUUGGUCUCUGCCUUCGGCAUGCUGCAGCAGGGCAACAUCUCGGUGCUCUCCCAGCGCUGCAUCCUCCAACCCGUGGAGCCCGACUACAGCACCUACCUCAGCAUGGGACUCCUGUAUGGCAUCUGCCUCUUCAUCGCUGUCUUCGGCAGCUAUGUGGCACGCCUGCGCCGGGCAGUGUGUGCCGCCUACUACCCAUGCCGUGAGCAGGAGCGCACAACCUUCCUCCACAGCACCAUCCUGGCACGGCGGGCAGGGCUGGCACGUGCCCUGCGCCAAGCUGUCAUGCAGCGUACGGCCGACGCCGGGCAAGGCAACCUGCUCCUAUUCCUUACCUCCAGGCUGCCUACCUUUGCCCGGCUGGUUCGGCUCUUGGGCAUCCAGCAGAAACGCUGCCUGGCCUGUGGGAUGGCAGAGCAGCCGGAUUUCAUCGCAUGCAUCACACCCAGCUGCAAAGGGUUGUAUUGCACUGAGUGCUACCAAACCCUGAACAACAUCUGUUCCAUCUGCAUGGGCCCCCUGAGCUACCGGGACACUGGGGACGAGGAGAUGGACUCCAGUGACGAGGACACAGUGGGGCUGUGGCUGGGAGCUGUGCGGGCGCUGCGGGGACAGGAGCAAGGGCGGCUGCUGCAGCAGCACAUCCGCAAAGUGGUGGGGGGCUGGGGGGGCAGCCGGCGGCUGCCCCCUGAACUGACAGCCCGGCUGCGAGCCCAGCUGAAGGAGGAGGCGAGCGGGGAGAGCGACGGGGGCAGCAGUGGGGUGGAUGGCGAGGACAGCUCGCUUUCCAGCCUGGACUUCAGCUACCAGGAGCAGCCUGAGAGCAGUGGCAGCGAGCUGGAGGAGGUGAUGGCCCUGCGGCCGCCCAGCAGCCAGGGCAGGGCCCGGUGA